AUGAUUGUGCUACUCCUUGGUCUACUGCUGGUUACAAUACUUUUCUGGCUGAUCAGACAGCAGUAUUCUUAUUGGAAUCGUCGUAAUUUUCCCACCGAUCCCACCGAUAUGCAAAUACCUUGCGGUUGUUUGAAAUCGGUGGUGAAACAUGAAAAAUCUAUGGGCGUGGCAAUUUAUGACGCCUACUUAAAGUCAAAUUCACCAUUCGUGGGCGUUUAUUUACUCUUUCGACCGGCGGUGCUAAUACGCGAUCCAGAAUUGGCGCGACAAAUACUUAUACAAGAUUUUAGUAGUUUUCACGAUCGUGGCAUUUAUGUGGACGAGAAGCGUGAUCCCUUGUCAUGCAGUUUAUUUGGUUUACGCGGUCAAAGUUGGCGCUCGUUGCGUCAGAAGCUUACACCUUCCUUCAGUUCGGGCAAAUUGAAGGCAAUGUUUCACACUUCCGACGACAUUGGCAAUAAAAUGGUUGCACAUCUGAAUAAAGUGCUGCCGGAGGAGGGUAGCGCGGAGUUGGACUUGAAAGAUGUAUUUGUGACCUAUGCCAUUGAUAUUAUCGGGUCUGUUAUCUUUGGUUUGGAAAUCAACAGCUUUGAAGAUCCCAAGAAUAAAUUCAGAACCCUUGUACACAAAGCGCGCCGUAACAAUUUGUUCAAUGCCAAUUUUGCAAUGUUUAUAUUCUUGUGCCCGUCGUAA